CAGCAGCGGGGGGCAUGCCCGGAUCGUCACAGCCCCGGGAGCCGCAGGACGGGGACUCGGGUAUGACGCUUCCUGGGAUCCUGCACUUCAUCCAGUACGAGUGGGGACGCUUCCAGGCCGAGAAAUACCGCUGGGAGGCUGAAAGAGACGAACUCAGGGCUCAAGUGGCAUUCCUACAGGGCGAGAGGAAAGGGCAGGAGAAUAUGAAACAGGACCUGGUAAGGCGGAUCAAAAUGCUGGAGUACGCCCUCAAACAAGAGAGGGCGAAACACCAGAAGCUGAAGACAGGAAACGACCAGAGUCCUGGAGAAAAGAAAGCAGAGACUGAAGCAGACCUUCUUCCCAAUGGGCCAGCUGAGUCAGACUCUGAGCCAGCCAAUCAGAUGUCCUGGAAGGAAGGACGUCAGCUACUACGGAAAUAUCUUGAGGAAGUGGGUUAUUCAGACACCAUCCUGGACAUGCGGUCUAAGCGUGUGCGCUCCCUGCUGGGGCGAAGCAGCCCUGAGGCUAACGGACCCCCACCCGGUGAAGCCUGUCCCGAGCCUCAGCCCCGGGCAGGCGGAGAGUCUAUGUUGGUCAGACAGAUAGAGGAGCAGAUCAAGAGGAAUGCGGGAAAGGAAAGCUCUAAGGACCGUCUGGGUGGCUCGGUGCUGGAUAAGAUCCCCUUCCUGCAUGGCUGUGAAGAUGAUGAGGAAGACGACAGCGACGAGGAAGAUGACUUCCGAGGCAUAGCCACUGACUGCAUUGAUGGCCCGCGCAAGAACAAAAAGUCACACGUGAAGAUGGGUUCAGAGCCCAUGACCACAGACCUGGACCCCGAGGACGAGGAGGACGAAGAUGACUCGGAAGAUGCCCUCAGUGAAUUUGACUUCCUGGGCUCGGGGGAGGAUGGGGAGGGGGCGGGAGAGGCUCGGCUCUUGGGGGAUGGACGGGAGUUAGUAUCUCCUCUGGUACACAGUGUGGGAGGAAGGAAACGGCACCAAUGGACUCUUGCCAGGGAGAUCUUGGAUUUAUUGCUGUAUUUUACAGUUAUUCCAGCCUGUAUUUAUUGUCAGAGAGCAGUAGCAGUGCUUGUGUUUUUCCACCUCCCACCUGCAGGUGGCGCCCUAGGUUUCGCAUCUGAUGUCUUCAUUAUGGAUGCUGUUGGAGGAGGGGACAUGAACCUGGGUGAACUGGCUGAUCUCACUGUUGCCAAUGACAACGAUCUCUCCAUGGAUAUGCAGGAUAACAGAGAGGAGUUUAAGAAGACAUGGAACCCUCGUUUCACACUACGCAGCCACUUUGACGCCAUCCGCGCUUUGACCUUCCACCCCAGCCAAGCGGUGCUGCUUACAGCCUCUGAGGACGAAACACUAAAACUGUGGAACCUCAACAAGGCCAUACACUCUAAAAAGAAUGCAGCUUUGGAUGUUGAGCCCAUCUACACAUUUAGAGCACACAGUGGAGCUGUUCUGUCACUGACCAUGGGCGAAGACGGAGACUCCUGCUACAGCGGAGGUUUGGAUGGAACAGUCCGGUGUUGGAAGAUGCCAGACCUCAAUGUGGAUCCUUAUGAUAAUUAUGAUCCUGGCAUUGAGAGCAGUGUACUAGCAGGCCACGAGGACAGUGUGUGGGGUCUGGCUUACUCGGCAGUUCAUCAUCGUCUUGCUUCAUGCUCUGCCGAUGGCACCAUUCGUAUAUGGGACCCCCAGAACCCGUCCCCUUGCCUGUCUGUCUUCAAUAAGGAGAGAGAGCACGGAACACCCACCUCGGUAGCCUUUGUGGCCACUGACCCCAACCAGGUGGUGGUAUCGUUUGACGGCAGUGAGACGGUGCUCUACGACCUCAGCACAGAGCAGAGCAUCACUGCCCUAGAGACGCACACCAAGGAUGGGAGUGAACAAAUCAACCGUGUGGUCAGUCACCCAUCUGAGCCCAUCUCCAUCACUGCACAUGAGAACCGCACCAUCCGCUUCCUAGACAACAAGACGGGUAAAGUUGUCCACUCAAUGGUGGCUCACUUGGAUGCAGUCACCUGUCUUACUACAGACCCUAAAGGCACUUACCUCAUCUCUGGCAGUCACGACUGCUCAGUGCGCCUGUGGAUGCUGGACAACAGGACGUGUGUGCAGGAGAUCACGGCUCACAGGAAGAAACACGACGAGGCCAUUCAUGACGUGGCCUUCCACUCUUCACAGCCCUUCAUCGCCAGCGCUGGCGCAGAUGCACUUGCCAAGAUCUUCGUCUGACAGCAUUCGUCUUUCUGAGUCCUUCAACCACAACUGGGCCAAAAGAGACUGAAGACUACAGUGGACAAAUUUCACCUGCUUUUACACACACACACACACACACACACACACACAUGCGUGUCCUGCACCCCACUGGCUGGGUCAUUGCCACAGGACGUCCCCGUCCCCUUGAUUCCUCACUGUUCUCCGAUGCCUCAGCGACUUCUUGUAAUACUUAUCACACCAUUUUUUUUUUUUUUUACAAGUUUAAAACCCUGGCUGCUCUGUUUUCAUAGUCAUGUUUGGACUAACACUUUUCUACACUACAAUUCUCUCCUGUUCUUCUUUUUUUUCCCCAGUCUGCCAACGGUCUUUACAAAGCACCGAGUGUGUUUGUUUGUGCACUUGAACUGCUGACACACUACUCACAUGAAACACUCGCACUGCACAGUGCACAUAUUGCACAAAUGCACCACCACAUUUUAUUCGAGAUCUUUUUUUUAAUACUAAUUGAAAAUGUGUUUGUGGCUAACAUACGUAUGUAGACAUGACUUCAAACGGUAAUAGUUCCACAUUGGUAGAAGACACCCUGACCGGCUUCUGCAUUGGGAUUCGGUGUAUUACAUUCCAAAGACUCUGGGGGGGGGGUAAAGAGAGAGAGUGUGUGUGCAUGUGUGUGUGUCGUAUUUGUGGUUGGACAAUGUUUGACAUAGUUGUGCGUGCGAUGUGAGGAGGCAUGUGACAGCCGCCAACCAGUGUUGAACAAAUAGCUUUAAUUUCAACUUUAUCGCCAAGAUACCAAGUCUCAUUGUAUGUCUGAGUAUCCAAGUGUCCCCGUGAUUCUGCCUCCGCAUAUUUGUACGUGUGAGAUAACACUGCUGUACAAGAUGAAUGAGCAUAUUUCCACAAUAACGAUUCGGUUCUGCAGAUGUGCAGUUUGAAUCCAGCUCUGCAGAAUGACGCCCUCACACAACAUAACCAGCUAAAGAUUGUGAGAGCACAGGGCGGGGGGGGGGGGGGGGGGUGGUCACCCAACAAAUGAUGCAGAUGGUGUCGUUUGGUGCUUUUUACUGUACAAAAGAGCGCGCGUGUGUUUGUAUAUGCACUAGUUAAAUCACGGUGCUAUGAAAGACCUUGUCCGUCUUGAGUCAGAAUCAGGGACCUGUUUUGUGUGCGUUCGUGUGACAGAGAGAUUGUUUACGCCAUUCAUCAGGCUAUAGAUGUGCAUCGAGUGAAUCAGCUUUUUCAAUGAUAUCGCACUGUCGAGUCAUUUCAUAAACUGUGGUUACAUUUCAGAAUUAACAGACACUGUUAAUGUUUCGCAUUAGAAGGAUGCGAAUAAUGUCAGCGUGGCUCGGUUCAGGUUUGCUCGAACUGAGACGGUUUGUGUAGCAAGUCGAGAGCUGGCCGGUUCACCUUUUUCAUUUCAUCUUGAAGCCGGUGCCAGUUUGUAGAUGGAAAGGCAUUUAUUUAUUCAGGCUUUCCAAAAAGCUUGGCGUCACCUGCGUUGAUGGGGCGAUUUCCCUCUUCCUGUCUGUGCAUGUGUUGCACAGUAGCACGUUACCCUGAGAGCUGAUGAUGUGAAGCUGGUCUCCCCUUUCUGAAGAGCCAUGCUAGAAGAACUAGCUCCAGCGGAAAAAAGAAGCAAGUCUGCUUGAAAUUCAGUCCCUUUUGUCAUUUCAGAUUGGAAUAAAAGGACUGAUUUGAGAUGUUUGGGUUAAUAUUCGUAACCUGUUUCAGCAGCUAGUCCGUCUUGUGUCCUGCAUUUAUACUGACAGGACAUGUUUGUUUGCUUUGGGUAAAUGCUGCCCUUUAACAGCUGACUUGACUGGUCAUUUUGUUAAAUUUCUUUGAUAAAAUCUGGUGUUAAAGAAGUUUAAGUUGCACCUUCCGCCUCUUUAAGAUUACAGGGUCGCACUAGGGGUCAGACCUUAAGUGUAAACACUCCUCUCUUAAUCACUGGGAAAACUAGCAUUCAUAGUUCAGAUUUUUCCUCUCAAACAGGGUGAUGGACUGUUGCCUGAAAUUAAACAAGAAAUUAUUCAGCUGUAUUCUUCAGCUUUUCAACCAGGUGCAACUAAUUAACUGUACUAUUUGGCUUGACUUUGCACUACAUCUAGCAGUGGAUGCUUUUUGAUUUGGAGUGGUCACAAACAGACAGGGUGCAGAAAUAAUGUUUCGCAGGUGUUUCUUAUAGAGUCUGGAGUAAAUACGAGGGUAGAACCUGCCGUUUGCUCAUGGUUAUUUUAUAGUGAGAAUUACUAAAGGCAGAUCGAUGCUGUCUCUUCACUCUGAGCUUUCACAGUACGUCCCAUCUGUGAGAAUAAAGACAAAUCAGCGUGACACCACAAAAAAGAAAUCAGAGGUUGUAAAUGAUGUCUAGAGAUGCCAUUAUGUGCUGUAAAUGCCCAUCAUUUUCUUGUUUUCUUCUUGCAUUUCUUUGAUUCUGAAUAUGAUUAUUAAGAUGUAAUAAUAUUGUAGUAUCAUAAGUGAAUCAUUCUUCCUCACUAGGCAUAGAACUUGCUUGUGAUUGAUAAUGGCAAUGUAUAACUUGUAAGGAAGCGAAACGGUUAAAAACGCGAAAAAUGAGGAAAAAUAAGUUCAAAAAAUGAGCUCUAAGUCGGAGGCCAAGGUAAAGGACUCUCAUUUCUUUGUUUUUAUUUUUUUAUUAGCAAUUUAUCACUGUGUGAUAUUUUGUACAUCAUAUUAAGCUGUCUUCAAACUAUUUCCUCUAACUACAAGGGAUAAGAGACCUGCUUUUUAUUAAUUUUGUUUUAUAUAUUUUUGAACUGCAUUCUAGCGUGUAUCAAAUGACUUUCUCUUUUUGUUUACGGGUCCCCUGUUGUAUGUCAUUAAGGAAGAAAAAAACAAAAAAUGAAGAUUUUGUACAGUGAAUUCAGACUUUUUGUGCUGUCUUU